UGUUAAAAUCGUUAUUUGGAUGCUUGACCCCGCAGAUGCAAUGACUAUGUUGCGGCAUGUAAGCGUCUUAUGAUCUGUCAGGCACCAAACAUCCUUACCAUUGCCUUAAAGCGGUUUCAGAGGGGGUGGUUCGGAAAACUUAAUAAGAAGGUGACCUUUCCAGAGACUUUAGACCUUUGUCCUUACAUGAGUAGGACAGGAGAGAGAGAUGAUUUUUACAAGCUGUAUGCGGUCAUUGUUCACAUUGACAUGCUGAAUGCAUCCUUUUUUGGACAUUACAUAUGCUAUGUCAAGGAUCUUUGUGGGCAGUGGUACAGAAUUGAUGAUUGUAAGGUUGCUUGUGUUGAUCUGGACGAGGUUCUUUCACAGGGGGCCUACAUGCUAUUAUAUAGCAGGAUUUCUGCGCGACCAACAUCCUUAUAUCAUGUUGAAAAUCCAAAGAAAGAGGAGCAGGUGGUUGCCGAAGUGGAAGAAGUUGACUGCCGCGCUACAUCAGAAUCCCUUGAAUCUUCUCUUCCAACCGGUUCAUUGUCAACAGAUGAAAGUUCUAACACAAAAACUAAUACUUCUGAUAUAGAGGAAGUACAUUUGGGGAAAAGUGUUGAAGUUGAAGUUUCUAGCGAGGAUCAAGAUAUGGUGGAUUAUGAGCCCUCUGCUGAGCCACUCAUUUGUGAUUCACAUUUGUUGAGAAGCUCAACAGGGAAUGGUCAAGUUAAUUCCUCUGACCAAGGUGAAUUGCAGUGUAAGGUUUCAUCUGUCAUGUCAAAUGGAGAGAUACCAGGAAAUACGGCAACUGCAAAUGCCAGUCCUAAGCAGCGAAGUAAUGGCAUUCAAGAUGGGUUCAACAAAUCUUGCAAGAAACCAAAGCCACUAUUCCCGCCUGGUUUUCUUCUUGACAAGCCUCCGCGGAAAGUUGUACAGGGAAAGCCUCGAUUGGAGCAGAAUGGUUUUGCUGAGCUAAACGUACAGGAUAACAAUCGCCAUCCGGCUCAUUUUGUGAAUAAUUGAUUUUGAAGGCAAGGAAAAAAAAGAGCUUAUUUCAGAACCGUCGACCUUUGACUUGGACUAUACAAAGUAUUUACCUAUCUUCAUCUCCAUCGCCUUCGUGCAUAGUUAGUGUUCCAAUUUUUUUCGAGCAUCUUCUUGGACAGGCUGAUACCACCAGAUGAUCGUUCCAAUUCUUGACGGUUUUGAAGAUUCAACUUCAGAAGAGGUUUUAAAUAAGUAGCAAAUAGGUGACUUAGAGGUUUUAUUCACCUCAUUUCUGUUUUUCUUAUUAUUUUUUCAUGGUUCCUCUAUAUAUAUAUAUUCAAGAAAUCCUGGAUGGGUUCUUUUUAGUGAUGGGAGGGCACUUUGCAGUUCUUUUAUUGAAGAUGAAAUGUGCAAGGGGCCUGCUUGUAGUAGUAGUAUUAACAAACAACGUAUGAGUCCAUUUGAGUACUUUUGAAAUAGGAGAUUUUAAGGCAAUAUAGGCAGAGUGAUUUU